UUGCCUGUGGAAUAGGCUAUUUGGUCGAGGGUGAGCGUUCAAAUUGAAACGCGUGGGAGUCUGUUGCCGCAUCUGACCCGGAUAUCUGGAAGUUUUUCCACGCGUAGAUGUUCUUCGUCGUGGACGAAGACCCCAGAAUUCCUUGUGCCUUGUAUGUGGUCGACGAAUAGCUUGUCAUUUGGCCGUGAUUGAUUUCGGCAAAAUAUAAUUGGUGUGACAUCCAAGAAUGAAGUCCAGCAGCACUUCACGUUAAAAACGACUUGAUAUUUCUACAACACAGAAUAGUCUACAAUAAGGAGGAACAGCUCGUUGGCAAUUGUGUUUGAGAAAAGACUGUUUUAUAUCUAGCUAACUGGAUUUGGAUUUACUGGCGUCUCUACGAUGUCAUUUGCACGGAUUUGGAGGGGAACACUUGUGUGUGUCGUAGUCAUCAUUUCCAGUGUUGCAGGUAAAUUGUUUCCCACAAACUCAGAUGCCCUCCUUGAUGCUUCUGCAGCCACCACCACACCCAUCCCUCCUGAAGUUUACCUCCCAGCCAAUUUCAAGCUCUCCAAUGCCCAGCUGGCCUUCUUCCUGCGGGAGGCCAGGUCACCACUGCAGGGUGGUCAGGGUGGGCACCCGCUACAAUGCUCUGAGAGUUUUGUGGUGUUCCAAACCAGGGAGCUGCCCUCAGUCAACAUCACCUUUGGCCCUUUCACACAGGACCAGAUGCUCUCUAAAGAUCUGCUCCAACCAUCCAGUCCACUGGAGAUCCCCAGCCGGCUGACGGUCAACUGGAAGGUAAGAGCCUUCAUAGUGCAGUCCAGGGUCCUCUCCAGCAACCCUGUGGUCCAAGUGCUGUUCUAUAUUGCCGGCCGGGACUGGGAUGACUUCAAGGUGCUGGACAAGCUCCCCUGUGUCAGGCUCCAUGCAUUCAGAGAUGUCCGUGAGAUCAAAACUUCCUGCAGGCUGCGGGGGAAUCUGGCCCAGUGCUUGGCCCAGCUGGAGCUCCCCAGGACCUGGUUCAACACCAACGUGGCGCCCCUGGGUCGAAGGAAAGCAGUGGAGGGGCUAGAGCUGAGUGGGGAGACCCUCCAGGUGGAGCUCUAUUACACCGUCCACGACCCGGAUGGCAGUGGAGAGUGUGGAGAUCUGUCCACCCGCAGGGGAGUGGGUGGGUCCAGGGGUGAGAUGCACAUGCAGCACCCUCUGCUCCGCAUCGGAAGUAUCAGCCUGUACCAGCUAAGCCUGGAGCAGAUGAUUGUAGACAAGCAGCUGGACAAGAACAUAUUCCUCAGGUUGCCUGAGAAACCUCUGAAGCCUGGCGAGACUCUGAACAUCUACCUGUUCCUGGUGCCCAACUCCACCAUUGAGCAGUUCACCUUGAAGGUGAAAGCAAAGAAAGGGGUGAAUCUUCUGAACCCCAGAUCCAAGAGCCCACAGUGGAAACUGGAGUGGGAGGUACAAUCGGGUGCCAAGCACUCUAUCGCCACAAUAGAUGUCACCAAGAGCAAAGACGUGCAACUGGGGGAUGUCACAACUAACAUAGAGAUCAUGCAGCUGGACUUUGAGAUGGAGAACUUCACCAGCCAGUCUGUUACUCGGAGGAUCAACUGGAACGUCGACUACCAUGGUCAGAACCCACCUCCGGACUCUGAAAAAGUUGUGACAGAACUCACUGUGGUCCAGCAAGACAUACAAGCCAUCAUCCCUCUCUCAAUGGAUACGGAAAUCAUCAACACAGCUGUUCUGACUGGCCGAACAGUUGCUAUCCCAGUGAAGGUAGUCUCCAUAGAGAUAAGUGGGGUCGUCACUGAUGUAUCCGCUUUUGUUGAGUGCAAGUCCUCCAACGAAGACAUUGUCAAGGUGUCCAUGAACUGCGACUAUGUGUUUGUGAAUGGAAAGGAGAAGCGAGGGUCCAUGAACGCCCGGGUGAUCUUCAGCUAUGAACAUCUGAGCGCACCCCUGGAGCUGACAGUGUGGGUGCCAAAGCUUCCUCUGCAGGUUGAGCUCUCUGACAGCAGGCUCAGCUUCAUCAAGGGGUGGAGGGUCCCCAUCCUGCCGGAUCGCAGGACCACGAGGGACAGUGAUGACGAUGAUGAAGAUGAUCGGAAGGUCAGCCGGGGCUGCACACUCCAGUACCAGCAUGCCACGGUCAAGGUGCUGACCCAGUUCCACACCACCUCCACAGAAGGCACUGACCAGGUCAUAACCAUGCUGGGGCCAGAUUGGCAGGUGGACGUCACAGACCUGGUGAAGGAUUCCCUGAAAGUUUCCAACCCCAGAGUGGCAGAGCUGGUUGACCAAAUGGUCCUGGUGGGCCUAGAGGUCGGAACCACCAUGCUGAAGGUGGAGUCCCCACUGGCUGUGGAGGCUGUGCUUGGUGAGACCAUGUUCUCUGUCAUCGAUGAUAAAGUGUCCAUUCUGGAGCUCCGAGUUCAUGCUGUUUCCGGUCUCUCUCUGAUGCUACAACCCAGCCCAGGCAACAGCCACACCAUGGUUGCCAAGGCAACUGGCCUACAGAUACUCUCCACUCCAAAACAGGAGGCGAGCCUCUCCAUCUGGGUUUACUACAGUGAUAGCACUGCUGCCCCGCUGAGCCUGUUUGACCCAAAAGACUACAACCUGAAUGCUUCAACUCUGGAUGACAAAGUGGUAACUGUUACCCAGGACCCUCAGCUGCGAUGGCCAGUAAUCGUGGCAGAGGGUGAGGGCUCUGGAGAGAUAAUCCGUCUGGAGAUGACUAUCUGCGAGGCCUGUCAGAAGAUGAAGCGCAAAAGUAUCAUCGCCUCAGCGCCUGUAUAUGUCAAAGUUCACUUUGGGCCAGAGGAAGACUCAGAGGAAGAAGGUGAGGACUACCCAGGAGGCAGAGGGAGCUAUGGCAUACCUGGUCUGGGUGAGAGUGAAGAGCCACCCAACACCAGGAAACCAAUCAUUGAUCCUAACGUUGAUGGGGGAAGCUAUGAAGCAGCUAAUGAGCAGCCUGCCAGUGUGCCCAUUGACUACACUAAUUUCCCAACCAUCAGCAACCAAGAAUCAACCACAGAGGGAGAUGAUGAGGGGGACAUAAGUCGGCCCCGCAGCAUGACAGACCUGGAGAUUGGCAUGUAUGCCCUGUUGGGGGUCUUUUGCCUGGCCAUCUUGGUCUUCCUAAUUAACUGCAUUGUCUUUGUCCUCAAGUACCGCCACAAGCGCAUCCCUCCAGAGGGACAGGCAAACAUGGACCACUCCCACCACUGGGUGUUCCUAGGAAAUGGGCAGCCUCUGCGGGCCCAGAGUGACCUCUCUCCACAGCAUGUAGAGAGUCCCAGCAACCCCUUGGAAGGGGUACAGACUUGCUGCCACGGAGACCACCACAGCAGUGGCAGCUCCCAGACCAGCGUUCAGAGCCAGGUGCACGGGCGGGGGGAUGGAAGCUCAGGGGGCUCCACUAAGGAGCACACUGAAGAGCCAAACUCCCCCACCUCUAAGCGCAAGCGGGUGAAGUUCACCACUUUUACCACCCUCCCCAAUGAGGACAUGCCCUACAACUCCAUCCCUAUCGCCGAUGAGGAAGACAUUCAAUGGGUCUGCCAGGACAUGGGCUUUCAGGACCCAGAGGAAUUGCAUGACUACAUGAGCAGGAUAAAAGAGAUAGACUAGUGGAUUGUGACUCGAGGAAACAUUUUGUCACUCAGCAUUCUCUGAACUUUUCUUCUCUUUCUCUUUUUUCACUUUAGUGGAAGUAUCUUUUCACAACCACCAAGGCUAAUUCUCCCUCUGGGGUUUUAUUUUUUUAUAAGUUUUGUUUUGGGGGUUUCUUUUUUAUUUGCACAGUGCUGUUUCCCGUGCACUCACUCACUUCUUGGACUUACUGCAGCAUAAAAAAUAAAUAAAUAAAUAAAACGAAUAAAGGAACGCCAAAGACCAAACCAGGAUCUGAAGCACUGCACCUUUACUAUAGGCGAUGUGUGCAUGAACUUGCUACGGGUUGGACUGUUAUUUGGGGAAGGGGUAGCAUCUUGGUUCUGUGUCCCCUGGUCAAGUACCUUCUCGAACAGUGAGGCUUUUGAUAUGCAGGUCAAAAACCCAGAAGGUUGGGAAAGGUGGUUUCUGCAAAUACUUUAACUUCAAUCCAUUCUCCAGGGCACUCAUGAAAUCAUUUUAUGGAUUAAUUUUAGCCAAAAUGGUGAAAUACUUUUAAUGUUUUUUUUUCCCUGUCUUUCUCACAUUCUUCUUUGGGCUCAAACUCAUGCUUUUAUUUUGCUCACUCAAUCCCCCAAUUCAAAUAUUGUUUUACAGAAUUGAAUUUCAAAAGGUAAUGCCAACAACCUGCUUGUUCACAAUUAUUAGGGAUAAUGAAGGAUUCUAUUAUCCAAGAUGCUGAUUAUAAAGGCUACUUGAUUGGAAUGAUGGGAGCUUGAACAUUGUCACAUGGACAUCUUUCCCAACAUUGUUUGCAUGGAAGGGGAGCUCUGAUGCACAAUAAGGAAUUCUUAGACAAAAAAAACAUAUAAUCAUGCAUUAUCAUGCAUGCCAUGUCAAGUCUGUCCUACAGCCACAUGUGUAUGUACAUACCAUGACCUGCUGAUUUCCUCUUAAGCAGAAACAUGCAUAACAUAUGGUCACACACAGAGCCAAUCUCUGCAAUGUUACAUUUUCUUAUCAGCAUCAGCUUUUGCUAUAUCUUUCUGCUUAGGACUGUAGGAA